GGACUGAGACGGAGGACGUCGGCGGACUGAAUCAAGAUCCUGAAAUCAUGCAACCUGUGAACGAAGUAGGAUCCUCCAAUCGGUCGCGGUCGCGUUCCACGGAUAGUGACGACGGAAUCCGGGCGACGCGCCCUCGGAACGACCGUUAUGAUGAUGGCGAACAAUUCGACUCUACUCUACUGCACGAUCGCGUCAACAUGAAGGCGCCUGCAUCUGAAUCGACUACUGACCGCCCGAGCGCAGGCUCCGUGGCCCUCUCCGCGCCGCCAUCUGUUGUCACCUCUGGCAGCAGAUUACCGCGGGCUUCGGGGAUGGGACCUAUGCAAGUAGAUGCUCGCCUCUCAAAGGGGCCGACUCACCUCAAGCCCAUGGACGUACUCUGUUAAAGCCUACCCGGAGCAAUGCCCGCAACUGGGAGGAAG